AAGCCUAAUCCCCACGAAAACCCUAAACCCUCGCUACCCGGCGGCGGCUACAAGCUCUUCGUCGGUUCAGCACCAUGAGGCCACCGGCUAGAGGAGGACGUGGUGGGAGGGGUGGCAGGUUCGAUGGCGGCGGCCGUGGGGGCGGCGGCGGCGGCCGUGGGUUUGGCGGUGGUAGAGGCGGGAGAGGGGACAGGGGAGGGAGAGGUGGCAGGACCCCCAGAGGCGGCCGUGGCGGCGGUGGCAGGGGUGGCCGCGGCGGUGGCAUGAAGGGCGGGAGCAAGGCCGUCGUGGUGGCGCACAAGCACGCCGGUGUCUUCAUCUCCAAGUCCAAGGAGGAUGCGCUCUGCACCAAGAACAUGGUCCCGGGAGAGUCCGUGUACGGAGAGAAGCGUGUCUCCGUUCAGAAUGAGGAUGGAACAAAAGUCGAAUACAGGGUGUGGAACCCCUUCCGUUCCAAGCUGGCUGCUGCUGUGCUUGGUGGUGUUGACAACAUCUGGAUUGCUCCUGGUACCCGUGUGCUGUAUCUUGGUGCUGCUUCUGGCACAACUGUAUCUCAUGUGUCUGAUAUUGUAGGGCCGGAUGGUCUGGUCUACGCUGUUGAGUUCUCUCACAGGAGUGGAAGAGACCUUGUCAACAUGGCAAAGAAGAGGACCAAUGUGAUCCCCAUUAUUGAGGAUGCCAGGCAUCCGGCAAGGUACCGGAUGUUGGUUGGCAUGGUUGAUGUUAUCUUCUCUGAUGUUGCACAGCCAGACCAGGCUAGGAUCUUAGCACUUAAUGCUUCAUACUUCUUGAAGAACGGUGGCCACUUUGUCAUUUCAAUCAAGGCUAACUGCAUCGACUCCACCCUGCCUGCUGAGGCCGUGUUUGCAGCGGAAGUGGAGAAGCUCAAGGCGGAUCAGUUCAAGCCCGCGGAGCAGGUGACGUUGGAGCCCUACGAGCGUGACCAUGCAUGUGUUGUGGGUGGGUACAGGGUGCCCAAGAAGCAGAAGGCCACCUCUUAGGAUCGGAAUCCGUGCUCGUCUUGCCUACCAAAGAUGCUUCGUUGUAUUGUGGUUUAUUAAGAAACUUUGAAGGAUUAGU